AUGUUCUCACUGAAGAUAAGCCAGAAGAGCCUGAUGAGUCAUCAAGUCGAUCUGAAAAGAAAUCUCAUGCUAAGUGGGUCAAAAGCCAACAAGCUUGCAAUGCUGAUCAUUAGAGCAUCGGUGGACCAGACUAUUCGUGGAGGGAUUCCGACUUGUGAAACUGCUAAGGAGUUGCUUGAGACCAUCAAGAAGCAGUUUGAGGGAUCCGUUAGAGCGAGACAGUACAAUUAUCUGAUCAAACUCAUUAAUCUGAAAUAUGAUGAUGUUCGGCAGCACAUUUUGAAGGUCUCUCAGUUGAUCAUUCGUCUCAGGGAGUUAGCACUUCAGUUAGAGGAUGAUCUGAUGGUUCAUUUUGUAGUCGCUUCUCUACCAAGCAAAUUUAACACUUUUAAGGUGAACUACAGUUCUCAAGGCAGGAAAUAG